AUGAACACCAGUGCGAACCCAGUAUCUUCAAGCUUCAAAUACGAUAGCUUGAACAUCUCCCCCAAUGAGCCGUUAAAAGACAGUCUGGAUGAUGAACACCGCAGUGCGAACCCAGUAUCUUCAAGCUUCAAAUACGAUAGCUUGAACAUCUCCCCCAAUGAGCCGUUAAAAGACAGUCUGGAUGAACACCGCAGUGCGAACCCAGUAUCUUCAAGCUUCAAAUACGAUAGCUUGAACAUCUCCCCCAAUGAGCCGUUAAAAGACAGUCUGGAUGAACACCGCAGUGCGAACCCAGUAUCUUCAAGCUUCAAAUACGAUAGCUUGAACAUCUCCCCCAAUGAGCCGUUAAAAGACAGUCUGGAUGAACACCGCAGUGCGAACCCAGUAUCUUCAAGCUUCAAAUACGAUAGCUUGAACAUCUCCCCCAAUGAGCCGUUAAAAGACAGUCUGGAUGAACACCGCAGUGCGAACCCAGUAUCUUCAAGCUUCAAAUACGAUAGCUUGAACAUCUCCCCCAAUGAGCCGUUAAAAGACAGUCUGGAUGAACACCGCAGUGCGAACCCAGUAUCUUCAAGCUUCAAAUACGAUAGCUUGAACAUCUCCCCCAAUGAGCCGUUAAAAGACAGUCUGGAUGAACACCGCACUGCGAACCCAGUAUCUUCAAGCUUCAAACACGAUAGCUUGAACAUCUCCCCCAAUGAGCCGUUAAAAAACAGUGUAGAUGAACACCGCAGUGCGAACCCAGUAUCUUCAAGCUUCAAACACGAUAGCUUGAACAUCUCCCCCAAUGAGCCGUUAAAAGACAGUCUGGAUGAACACCGCAGUGCGAACCCAGUAUCUUCAAGCUUCAAACACGAUAGCUUGAACAUCUCCCCCAAUGAGCCGUUAAAAGACAGUCUGGAUGAACACCGCAGUGCGAACCCAGUAUCUUCAAGCUUCAAAUACGAUAGCUUGAACAUCUCCCCCAAUGAGCCGUUAAAAGACAGUCUGGAUGAACACCGCAGUGCGAACCCACUUGAACAUCUCCCCCCCAAUGAGCCGUUAAAAGACAGUCUGGAUGAACACCGCAGUGCGAACCCAGUAUCUUCAAGCUUCAAAUACGAUAGCUUGAACAUCUCCCCCAAUGAGCCGUUAAAAGACAGUCUGGAUGAACACCGCAGUGCGAACCCAGUAUCUUCAAGCUUCAAAUACGAUAGCUUGAACAUCUCCCCCAAUGAGCCGUUAAAAGACAGUCUGGAUGAACACCGCAGUGCGAACCCAGUAUCUUCAAGCUUCAAAUACGAUAGCUUGAACAUCUCCCCCAAUGAGCCGUUAAAAGACAGUCUGGAUGAACACCGCAGUGCGAACCCAGUAUCUUCAAGCUUCAAACACGAUAGCUUGAACAUCUCCCCCAAUGAGCCGUUAAAAGACAGUCUGGAUGAACACCGCAGUGCGAACCCAGUAUCUUCAAGCUUCAAACACGAUAGCUUGAACAUCUCCCCCAAUGAGCCGUUAAAAGACAGUCUGGAUGAACACCGCAGUGCGAACCCAGUAUCUUCAAGCUUCAAACACGAUAGCUUGAACAUCUCCCCCAAUGAGCCGUUAAAAGACAGUCUGGAUGAACACCGCAGUGCGAACCCAGUAUCUUCAAGCUUCAAAUACGAUAGCUUGAACAUCUCCCCCAAUGAGCCGUUAAAAGACAGUCUGGAUGAACACCGAAGUGCGAACCCACUACCUCCCAGCCUUAGUAAGGUGGCACUAACCGGUUAUGCGUGCGUCGACCCGUUUGCCAUUACCGCCUGUCAGAAAACCGGAACCAGCCGAGCCGAAAUGAACCGAACCGAACACUAA